AUGAUUAGACAGAUUACUAUACAAUGUAUAACAGUAAUAGAAAUGACGAAGUUAAUAUUUGCUGAUUCCAUCAUAACUCAAGAUGUCGAAGAAGGAAUUUUGGUUCGAAUCUUAUGCAAUGUAAGUAGUGAUGAGAAACCUGAUGGUGCUGGUCCAUUUCGAUAUGAAUGGCGUAAUCCGAAUGGUACAUUAGUUGGAACUCAAUGGAAAUUAGAAUUGGGCCACAUUAAAGUACAUGAAUCAGGGAUAUAUGUUUGCCGUGUUUCAUAUGAAUUUGACAAAAGACAAAUGUCCACCAGCUCAGCAACAAAAAUAAAUGUUAUUCCACGUGCCGGUGUAAUAUUUCCAGGAAUUCGUGGAAACGUAUUAGAAGUUUUAGAAACAGGUGAUAUUUUGCAAGAAUGUCAAGUGGUCAGUGCAAAGCCGUCUCAAUAUAACUUUCAAUGGUUUGGUCCAGAUGGUCGUUUAAUAUCUAAUUCCGCAUUUCUUCAAAGAGACUAUAUAACAAGACAACGAGAUGAAGGUAUUUACCGAUGUGUGGCUAGUCCAGUUGAAGAAGGAAGAUUACAAGUCGAGAAUAACCUAAUUGUAACAACAGCACCACUACGUUUCCAGAUUACAACAUUAGAGGAGGACUUAAAUAUUGGUGGUUUUACACAUCGCCGUAUAGCACUGGUUGAUUCAUCCAAACCAAAUCUUACUACUCGUGAAACUUUUGUAUACCAGUGGCUAGAUACAGAAAUGAAUCCAAUUCUCGAUUCAAUGGGUCCGGAUUUACGUAUCAACUUUCAAAGUCCUUCAGAUUUUGGACGGUACUCAGUUCGUAUCACUGGCUUGAAUUCUGGCUAUCAGAGAGAUCUGAGUACUUAUAUCACUGUGGAUGGUCGAAAUGGUGAAGUAGAACCAACUUAUUCUGUUGUAAUUCGAGAAAUUUCUGGUCCCCUUUAUCUAAAUGCACGAUUAGAAUUGGAGUGUUCUCCAAGACCACCAAAUUCAGCUGCUAGAAUUAAUUGGCUUGGCCCAGAUGGAAUGGUGGUUUCUGAUUCUAGUAACAUAGUAUUUGAACGUUUCCAACCUCAUCAUCAAGGUAGAUACACAUGCCAAAUCUUACUACCGAAUCAAAUUAUUUUACGUCAAAGUGUAGAAUUGGUUGUUUCCGGGACAUCAACAGAAAUUCCAGAACCUGACAGACUCUAUACAAUUCGAAUUAUUCAGUCACCUACAUAUUUCAGAUAUAAUGAUGCUGUACACCUACAAUGCAUUGUUUCUCCUACACCCCCAUUAGUAUCAUAUGAGUGGUUUAAAGAUGGCGAGCUUAUUGGACGACAAGCAGAUAUCUAUAUACAGAGAUUUACCCCAGAUGAUGUUGGUCGGUAUCAGUGUGUUGCCCGACUUGACAGUAUGGUACUUACCUUUAAUAGUACGAUAUCUAUUGACGACGGUACAGGAGUGGAUUUAAUAAUGCGACCUAAUAUAAUAUAUAUCCCAGCAUUUCAUCCAUUUGAAAUUGAAUGUUUGUCUAUACGUACCGGUUUAUCACCUAUUGCCAUAUUUGGUAAUGGCGCACCUAUUGAAUCAGAUAAUCGGUUUACAAUUUUAAAACCAAAUGAACAACGAUUAAUUAUAAAAGCUACAGAUGGUUUAUCAAGUGUUUAUAAUGGUUUACGUAUUCGUUGUAUGUUACCAGGACUCAAUUAUAAAGAAGUUACAUUAUAUAUAAUGGAUAUUUGUACUGCUAGUCAAUCGCAAUGUAGAACUCGACAAUGUAUUCAAACCUCUUUAAUAUGUGAUGGUAAAGCUGACUGUCUUGAUAAGUCAGAUGAGGGUAGCAGUUUUUGCAAUGCUGGACUUACUGUGAUUCCAACUCGUAUUGUAGUUAAACCUUCAGAACCUUUUUCACUUAAAUGUCAAGCUAUUUUACCAGGGACCAGAAUGCCACAUGCACGUUUUGUACAUAGUGGUCACGAUGUAGAGUCCGACCCUCGAUUUAUCAUUGAAAGAUCUCCAGGUAUUUUGCUUAUUAAGGCACCGCAUGGACUUUCAAUAGAAGCCAAUGAUACAAGAAUUGAAUGUUACUUUCCUGAUGAAAGCCCUAGAACUGCAAUAAUCAAUGUAGUUGCAGAUCGAUGUGGAUUAGGAUACUUCAUGUGUUAUGACGGGAAUUGUAUACAACAAGCUCAGAGAUGUGACGGACAAACCCAAUGUCCCGAUGGAUCUGAUGAAAUUAAUUGUGCUGUUCGUUGUCGUCCUGGUCAAUAUCAGUGUUCUUCUGGUGAAUGCAUUGAACAACAAAUGAGGUGUGAUGGUCGACCAGAUUGUCGGGACGCUUCAGAUGAGACUGGUUGCCCUGUUCGUUGUCGUCCUGGUCAAUAUCAGUGUUCUUCUGGUGAAUGCAUUGAACAACAAAUGAGGUGUGAUGGUCGACCAGAUUGUCGGGACGCUUCAGAUGAGACUGGUUGCCCUGUUCGUUGUCGUCCUGGUCAAUAUCAGUGUUCUUCUGGUGAAUGCAUUGAACAACAAAUGAGGUGUGAUGGUCGACCAGAUUGUCGGGACGCUUCAGAUGAGACUGGUUGCCGAGAACGAGUAAGUAUUCGUGUAGUGCCAGAUAUCAUUCAAACACAACCGUACGAAAAAUGGAAGUUUGAAUGCUCUGUGAUAGGUGCAGAUAUAGAACCAAUAGUUAAAUUCCCAGAUGGUAGACUUGUCGAGUCAGAUCCUAACUUUCGAGUCACUCGCAUUGAUCCCAACACUGUAAGUGUUGAAGUGAUUCAUGGCUUAACGGAAAAAAAGGAACGUUUUAGCUUCAUAUGUACAUUCCCUGGUGGACCAGAGGAGGAGAUAGAUGUUUUUGUUCGAAGACGAUGUCCUCAUGGUGAAUUCAUGUGUAAAGAUGGAACAUGUCGUCCUGAAAGUGAUUUUUGCAACGGUCAAAUUAAUUGUCCUGAUGGUUCAGAUGAACGACCUCCAUAUUGUAGGGAAACUAUACAAGUGGAAGUUAAACCAAGCAUUAUUCAUGUUCAACCCUAUAAACGUUUUGAAUUUGAAUGUAUCUCUUAUGUUCCUGGGAUAAAACCAGAAGCUCGAUUACCUAGUGGUAUACUUGUAAGUCAAGAUCCACGUUUUAAUGUGGAAUAUAUUUCACCAAAUCGUCUUCAAGUAAAUGCAAUAUAUGGUUUAACAGAUAGAGAUCAUCCAUUUCACAUUUAUUGUAUAUUUCCUGGAUUAGAAAAUAGAACUGCUGUAAUAGAAAUUGAAAGACCUUGUCCAAGUGGACAGUUUCAAUGUAUGGAUGGACGAUGUUUACCAUCUAAUGUAUUUUGUGAUGGCAAAUCGGAUUGCUCAGAUAGUUCAGAUGAAAAUGAACGAUACUGUGCUGUAAACAUCAGAGUGACACCAGGUUCGAUUCGUGUAGUCCCAUAUCAACGUUUCCAAUUCGAAUGUUCAACGUCAAUCCCAGGAGUAUCUCCUCAAGUAACGUUUGACGAGCGUUCAGUAGAAAGAGAUGAUCGUUUUGUUGUUACUCGUCCAAGUCUUCAAACCAUAGUAGUGACAGCACCAACUGGUUUAUCGGAAAUCGGUGCACACAAAUUUAAAUGUAUUGUAUCCGUAAAUAUUGUCAAAGAAGUUGAUGUAGAAAUCAUAAGUGAAUGUCCACCUGGGCAAUUAAAAUGUAAAUCUGGUGAAUGCUUGCCAAGAGCAGUAUUUUGUGAUGGGAAGUAUGAUUGUCCAGAUAGAUCAGAUGAAGAUCCAAGAUCGUGUGUUCCUACAAUUAUUAUCACUCCAACAACAAUUUUAACAAGACCACAUGAAUCUUUCCAAUUUGAAUGUAAAUCAGUUAUGCCAGGUGGUGAACCACAAAUUACACUUGAAGGUUAUCCAGUUGAAAAUGAUCCCAGAUUUACAAUUAUACGUCCAAGCCGUGAACAUGUUAUUGUCCGAGCAGAAAGUGGUAUUGCUGAUCCUGGAAAAUAUUCUUUCACUUGUACCGUAGUAAGUGCAGCUAGUAAGACAAUCGUGGUACAGGUUGAAUCAAUGUGUCCACCUGGUUAUUCUAAGUGUAAAGAUGGAACAUGUAUUCUGGAAAACCAGUUUUGUGAUGGGAUAACUCAUUGUCGAGAUGGCUCAGAUGAAGACAAGUUACGGUGCCCUGAAGUGACUGUUGAUAUACGAGUCCACUUUACUCCUGGUGAAUUACGAAUUCAGCCUGGUCGUGCAUUCCGUUUGGAAUGUGUAACGGAUAAACCGGGCACAUCUCCAGUUUUACAGUUUCUUGAUGGGAGACCAAUAACAAGUGACCCAAGAUUUGUGGUUUCCAGGCCAUCAACUGAACGUGCCAUCAUAGACGUUCCUGGGGGCCUUGAUGCUCGAGACAGACAGAUCAUAAUCGAAUGUGUAUCUCCCAGUGGUGAGAGAAAAACAUCAACCAUCUUCAUCGAACUAGGUUGUCAACCAGGACAAAGACGAUGUCCCAGUGGGCAGUGUAUAUUUGUCGGUCAAUUCUGUGAUGGAAAACCUGAUUGCGAUGAUGGAUUUGAUGAGAAACCUGAAAACUGUGAGUAUUGUGAUCCAAUAACAAAACCAUGCGAAGUUGUAAAUGGUAGACCACCUAAGGAAAAAACCUAUGAACUACAUUGGAGGUGUGAUGGCGAAGAUGAUUGUGGAAAUCGGUUUGAUGAACAAAAUUGUUUAAAUGACACUCGUGUACCAGAUAAAGAGUGUGGUGCUACUCAUUUCAGAUGUGGUACUGAACCAUAUCAGUAUAUACCAUUUGCAUACUGGUGUGAUGGAGGUCGCGAUUGUCGAGGUGGUGAAGAUGAAGCUGAUUGUUCCCCACCUACCAUAAUUCAAACUCAACGUCAAGAAACUCAUAGAGUUCGUCCUGGUGGUAGACUGAUUUUAGAAUGUGAAGCAUCCGGUGUUCCACCACCUAUGAUUAUUUGGCGUUUCAAUUGGAGAUGCCUUCGUGAUGAAACACGAAUGAGGACCCAAGCUGUGCCAAGUUCGCUUGGAUGUAAGGGUUCAAAGAGUCGUCUAACAAUCGAAAACUUCAGAGAAGGUGACGAUGGUAUUUAUAAUUGUGAAGCACUGACAUCGAAAGAAAGAGCUAUGUCCCAGGAUAUAUUUGUUUUUCUGUCUCCUUAGUUAUGUUUUCAUUUUCACGUGAUAUUAUAGAAUAUCAAGGUGAAUGAAUAGUUAUAUUAUCAUUUUAUCAUAUAUUUUUAAAAUUAAUUUAAUUCUUUGUGUCAAAAUAGCAAUGUUCUGAAUUUCACAAUAGUAUAUCUUUCAAUCAUCUUACAAACAUUAAUUUUGCCGUUCGAAAUUCUAAUUCCCAAGUUAUUCAUUAUUCUGUUAUAUGAAAUUUUUAAAUAUAAUGCUUAUUUG